AUGGCUGCGAGCCUCAGUGGGCUGGUGUCUUAUGUAAUCCACGCGCCAGCUCAGGGGAAACCCGCCGAACGGCAGCUCCCGCUCCCGCUCCCAAUCCUCCUCCACAACUCAGCUAUUCACACCACAAUCGCCUCACGCUCCGCAAUCCACCACUUCACAAACACCCAAACCUCAAUCCCAAAACACACCGCACCGCACCGCACCGCAGCAAUGGCAAAACCCAAAUCCAAACCCGCCAAAGACCCCAUCACAAUCGCCGAAAUGCCGCUCUCGCGCCCCCCUCCCAGCACCAGCACCAGCACCACCGAUGGCGGCGGCGGCCCACGCCCCAAAACGCUCGUGGACCUCAUCGAAGAGAAGCGGCCGCGGCACCCCGACGGCACCCCGAUCCUGCCCUCCGACGGCGACGACGACGACGUGGUGCUGUUCGGCGCGGGCAUGACGGCGGUGACGUGGACGGUGCCGCUGGCGAUGCUGCUGUUCACGUUCGACGUGCUGGUGCACCAGCAGUACGUGCAGGAGGUUGACGUGGCGGAGAUCUUGUGGCGGGUGGUGAAGGCUGUGCCUGCGAUAUUUAUACUCCUCUACGUGUUCCACCCGCGGCGGCACUGGGCGAGCGUGCAGCUGUUCUUCUUCGUCGUGAGCGUGGUGGCCGGCUGCUGGGUGGUCCAUGCGGUGAACAAGUAUGGCUACUACAAGGUGAUGAAGCGGGCGCCGCCGGUGGGGACGUUGUGGAUCUGGGCGGCGGUGGAGAUGACGCUGGGGCCCGUGGUGCUGAGUUCGCUGGUUGUGGCGGGGUAUACGUGGUGGAUGGGGUAUGGGUUUUAG